GCAGUGAAGCCGGAGGAGGAGCAGCAGCGGAGGCUCGGUCCGCGGCAGGCCGGCUCAGGGUGCGUGUUGUCCGGGGACAGUCAUGGUCCAGACGUGCUCCGCCUACGGAUGUAAGAACCGGUACCACAAAGACAAAGAUGUCUCCUUCCACAAGUUUCCUCUGGCGCGUCCAGAUGUUUGCGGGCAGUGGGUCGCAGCGAUGAGGAGGAACAACUUCAAGCCCACGAAGUACAGCAACAUCUGCUCGCAGCACUUCACCGAGGCCUGCUUCAAGAGGGAGUGCAACAACCGGGUUCUGCAGGAGAGCGCGGUGCCGUCACUGUUCAGCUCCGCCGUCAAGGCCGAGGCCCUGGAGACGCCGUUCCCCUCGGAGAUCCACUUCCCUCUCUCUCUGCCGCUGACCUCCGACCCCCUGGAGGAGGAGGCGGACCCUGAGCCUGGGAGGAGCCUGCCCGACACCAUGGUGGUGUCCUGCGACCACAACUACACGGCGGAGGACUCGGUGAGGCAGAAGAGACGCAUGGAGCAGCUGGAGGAGCAGCUGGAGCGGCUGAGGAAGCAGCUGAAGACCACGCAGCAGAAGUGUCGGCGGCAGGAGCGACAGCUGAAGAGGCUGAAGGCCGUGUGCAAGGCGCCGCGGGCCGCCAGGGAGGCGCCCGCAGCGUUCGGCGAGGGAUACGUGAUCUUACCCAAACAAAUGUACCAGACACUCCGAGGCAUGGAGUGACGAGGAGACGAGGAGAGGAGGAGACGAGGAGACGAGGAGACGAGUUCAGAGGAAACAUUGUUCUCAGCUUCAGUCUCGGGCCUGUGAGCCGAGUCUGGAGGAAACCGAGUCUUUACUCUGGUGCAGUGACAUCACAGACAAGCCUGCUCCCAAAAGUGAAGCCAAAGCCUCUCUAUCGCCCCCUGGUGUCUGGCUGCAGUAAAGCUCAUAAACCUCCAUGUUAGCAGAUGGGACAUGAACCAAACUAAGAAAUCAGACUAAAAGUUAAAUAAAUGUUUGUAAAGAUG